AAUGUAAAGAAGGAAUGUGACAAAAUUUGUACUGCUAUCAAAACAAAAUCGGACAAAAUUGUCCAUGUCGUGCCGGCAUACAAAACGAAUGAUGAGACAAAAAUUAUUUUUGUUGAUUUUGCUCAAAGUAAAAUAACACUAGAAACGCGCUGGAAAUUAGAAGUACGAAUUGUAUACCAGUAUAGUGACGAAAGUAAAUAUGCUAUGUAUUGUGCAAAUAAUAAUCCUCUUUCAACGGAAUCAUCAAGAAAAAUUGAAAAGAUAAUUGACAAGUAUUCCAUGGAACUGAUGCAUAAUCAUACAUAUCUCUCUGUUAUUUCUGCUUCACCAGUCGUAUCAAAACACUAUGGAACAAGCAACUAUAAAACUGAAUCUGUGUCCUGCAUUGCUUUGUAUGUUAUAGUCAAACAUUUUAUACCAAUCAAUGAAGAACCGUUUCCACAGAUGUUAGACGGAAUUCCGGUCGAUGUAAGAGAAGGUGGGGUACAGUUCUGUGGAGCCUCUGCUGAAGAUUUUUACGAUCAGGUGCGGAUGGGAUGUAAAAUAACGUCUAAAUUUCAGCCUCAAAAGCAUGGCACAUUGGGUGGCUUUGUUGAACAUCCGGAUUAUGGCUUGUGUGCAUGUGCGCAUGUUGUACUGAAUGAUAAAUUGAAAUUCGCACUUAAGGAGAAAAUGAAAGUCAAAGAGAAAGAAAUGGAACCAUGUGCACUGUUUCAGCCUUCGUAUGAUACCCAAGAACAAAAUCAAAUUGGACGGCUUGUAGAAGUUACAUACAAGGAAGGGGGAAACGGAAAACCAGGGAUAGAUCUUGCCUUGUUAAAGAUUGACAAACGGCCACCAUCAGAAGGAACUUUUCCAGAUAUUCAGGGAACAACAACAAGAAUUCGGUACGACUCUGGUAAAGUCUGGGGAAAGGAAGGAGUCCAACCUAAUCAACAACAGGUAUAAAAAUUCGGCGUCGUAACAGGGCUAACAUAUGGAGAAAUUCAGUUCGACAAUGGAGUUGUCAAAGAGAUACCGUUCCACAGUGAAAUGGAAUUAGAAACCACAAAGUAUACAACAACACUAUAUAACCAAUAUCAUAUCAAAUCAAACGACGUUAAUCUUCCGUUUAGUAAAUUAGGAGAUUCAUGGGGCUCUUGUAUUUAUGAGAGACAAUACUGGCAAAGAAAAUGAUUUACGGUGCAUUGGUAUGGUAGUAGGAGUACUGAACGACAAUUCGUGUGCUGUCACGCCUAUUACAGCUAUACUUGAAGAACUGAAAGUUACUAAACUCAAGUCGUUUGUACCAACUUUCACUUGGGAGCAGAUUGAGAGACGUUUUAGAGAAAUGGAAGAGCACUUUGAGAAUGUAAUAACAAGAACAGUUAACGCUGCCGUUACGAAUGCAUUAGCGAGUCGCCAGAACCCAUUUUAGUAAAUUUGCAGCAUGAUGUGUUUAUGGUUACAAAUCAGUUUCAUCUAUGAUGCAUUACAAACGUGCUAAUUUUUAUUUAUUUGUUUAUUGGGAUGAACGUCCUGCCAUCACAACUGCAGGUCAUAUCGCGACUUCCCAUUUUUUUAUAGCGGAGGAAGACUUUGCCUAAUAUCAGUCACGGGCGGGCAUCUUCAUAGGCAAACGCGCUAAUAAACUACUGUUCCGGUGUAUAUCAUGCCGAUGCAUUGAGAUAUAAUUAUGUUUUCGAUCAAAUGUUCACAACUGAAGUUAGUAACAGCUGGAUUGUAACCGGUGAUGUUUUUCAUCCAUAGGUUUUAGAAAGUUAUUAGUAAUAUAUUUACGCCUUUUGGACUUUGGAGAAUCAAGUAUAGAAUUUGCAGAUUGAAUUAAACAAUAAAACAUGUAUCGGGCCAGUAAUUGGAACGAAUGGCCUGGUUUUCUAGUGGUAACACACUUGACUGUCCUGGAUUCGAAUCCCGGUCAAGCCACAACGAGGUGUGUGAGUAUAAUUUCAUACUCAUGUCGGUCGAUCCGCCGGAAGAUAAUUUGAGUUCUACAUACAAGAAAGAUAAGUCUCCUUAAAGUUCUUUUAGAGAUAUUGUUCUUAAAAUAGAUCAAACAUAUUUUUGUCAUUCUAUCGACCAAGGUCCAGUUGUUCGAGGGUCCAGCAACAGAACUUCAAGCAACAAAACAACAGACGGCAUUAAGAAAUCUUAGAGUAUCGAUAUUUUAGAAAAUCCCACUUCAUUGCCUACAACAAAACACAACUAGAGGUCUCAAAAUGGAGUUAACACAUUCGUUUUAAAGCUCAUACGUGCGUUGCGAUGCGCAUUCGUACAUUUUGCUCAUAUUGUGGGCAGCGAAAUACCACAAAUUUCGGUCGCUUAUCCGAAACCGAACAACAAGUAGUUCCAUGUCCUCUAAAAUUUUUACGUAAUUAAAGUCUUUAUAACUUUCAGAAAGCUUCUGAGAUUCAACUUUAUCAAAAAAUGCAUUGCUUAAGUACAUAUUUGUCGUAAUCUGUAUUAUAUAACAAAAACAAAGCGUAUGAAAAUGACCAUGCUUGCUUUGAUCACAUUCUUCAUUACGUGACCAAAAUAAACUAUAAACAACCUACAAAAAUAGUACAAUGCUUCAGCACCAUCCGCUUAAUUAAAAUCAAGUUGCGUCUUUUGAAAACAUUUUAAAUUAAAACUCAGUUCCUGCUUGAAAAGUUCAUUGAAUUUGUUUUUUUAUUUUAACAACACCUAAAAGCUUGUUUUGGUCAUAUGAUCAGAAAACAUCUAACUACCACAGCGUGCGUUCUAUUUCGAGACGAUACUGAACGGAUUGCACCCGUGUAUCCGUCGAAGUUUGUAGCAUAGAAAUGGGUUUAUAGAAAGAUAUAUUGCAUGUAAUCAACAGAAGAGGUGUUAUCGUAUUUAUUCUUCAUAGAGAAAGAUACGAUCCUUUCAUAACAUUUACGUAAAUAAUUUUUAUUUGCACGACUGUUUCCCGAAAAUACGAACAUAUGCACUUCAAUUUGAUUUAAUUUUACAUUCUAGAUGGUGUUUGUGAUUGACAUAUCAUUAAAGGAUAUAAUUAAUUCGAAAGAAACAUUAUUUUUAACAAGUUCGCUUUUUAAUCGCCGGUAGAUUCGCGGUGUUUUCGUCCCCAAAAAAUUACGUACUGGCGUACGAUUCUUCUCGGAUAAUUAGGCAUAAAAAUUCUUUGUUUCCGGUAACAUGCUAAAAAAAGUAAGGUAGGUAGGUCGGGUUCUUUUUUUUUUUUUUGUUUUUUUAAAUUCUUUUUUAGACUUUUCGGAAAUUAUUUUUGUGUCAAAAAAUGAAUGCAAAUAAGGGGGUUAUGCCUUUAGAGCAUCAGUAAGUUGAUUUCUAACAUGACUGAGCGUGUUUAAAGCAAGAAACGUGCAGUUAUGCAAGUUUUUGUUAAAAAGUUGAAAAAAGGCCAUAAAAAGAUUUAGGGUCGGGCCAAAAAUUUAGGGUAGUUCGGGAUACCGAAAACAACCAAUUUUUCGCCUUAUACAAUAGCGGGGUUCCGAAGAAUGCAAUGAAAUUAUUUGGGACAAUUCAAACUAAUUUUGAAAAAUUUCUAUUUUCAAUAUUUGCAUUUUUAACAAUACAACUUUGGGUUAUAUCGGUAAAUAGCUAUACAUAGCUAAUGUUUUCCUGUUUAUAUAUAUGCACUGACUUAAAUAAAAUUUGUAUUGUAAAUUUGUAUUGUAUUGUAGCAUAGAACAAAAAAGGUCCAAAAUCCAAGGCUAGUAACUAUAGGCCCAUAUCCUUAACAUGUAUUGCCUCUAAAUUAAUGGAACAUAUUCUUGUCUCAAUUACAUUGAUAACAUCACAUCGAAAGCAAAUAAUUCACUUAGAUUCAUCAAAAGAAAUGUCAAAACAAACAACAGAAAAGUAAAAGAAACAGCUUACAACAGCUAUGUCCGCCCACAGCUUGAAUACUGUUCCACUAUAUGGCACCCUUGGAAAAAGCCCUCACAUACAAAAUUGAACGUGUACAACGAUCUACAGUUCGAUACGCAUGUAACAACUAUGGUCAAACAAGCAGUGUCAACCAAAUGCUUAAUGAUAUUAAUCGCUUGAACAACGCCGCAUCAAAAUUCCCUUAUGAUAUUUUUAAAAAUAAGGCAGAACCUUAUUGCAGUUGACCUUAACCACCUCACACCUACAAGGGACCUGAACCACUUGAUCCCACAAUCUCACACGCAAUACCAUUCAAACUCCUUUUUUCCAAGAACAAUUCGUUCCUAGAAUGGUUUCCCCCUACAUAUACAGUCCAGCCCCAGUUUGAUUCUAUUCUCUGAGAGGCUGGCAACUGUAACCUUCUAAUCUAUAUCUAUGUUUUUAUCUUAGUAAUAGUAGUUCUUUUUCACUUUGCACCAGACCCGCCCGCUUAGCUCAGUAUGUAGAGCGUCGGUCUACGGAUCGCGGGGUCGCGAGUUCGAUCCUCGGGCGGGCCGUAUGUUCUCUGUGACUAUUUGAUAAACGACAUUGUGUCUGAAAUCAUUAGUCCUCCACCUCUGAUUCAUGUGGGGAAGUUGGCAGUUACUUGCAGAGAACAGGGUUGUACUGGUACAGAAUCCAGGAACACUGGUUAGGUUAACUGCCCGCCGUUACAUGACUGAAAUACUGUUGAAAAACGGCGUUAACCCCAAAACAAACAAACAAAUAACUUUGCACCUAAUGAGCUUGCUCAUCUUUUAACAGUCUGUCCCAGACAAAGCGCCUCCCAGCUAUAAUCAGAAUUGAUUGUUGGGCAGUACACAGUAGAUGUAGAUGUAGAU